GCGCCGCGGGCUUGCUCGUCCUCCGGCAGACGGCAGACGGCAGACGGCAGACGGCAGAAAUCAGACGGCAGAAGGCAGAAGGCUGACGGCAGACGCGCACGAUGGCGCGGGAGAUACUGCUGCUGCUCUGCGCAGCCAGCCUUGCGCACGGAGCGCCACCCGGGGGAAACUACGAUGACGCGAACAAAGGAACUCCAGCCGACGUCGAAGCGCAUCGGAACAGUAAAGAACUCCCUCCCACCACACUAAUUGAUACGCCAGUCGGGAACGACUUCCUCCGCAGCGCGGACGGGGCGAAGCGCGCCGAGGUGGACUCGUUCAUGCGCCUCGUGCGGGGAGUGGUGGAGGCGACGGCCGAGACGGGCGCCGCGGCGCCGCUGCGAGCCUCGACGCCGGACGUCUACCCGGAGCCCCCCUCCCGGCGCGUGAGCAGGAAGAUCUUCACCACGCGGUACACGCCGGAGUACUGGCGCGACGAAUCCUUGAUAACGUGGCUGGACCGCUUCAAGAAGUCCCUCACAACACCGGUGGACCAGGACAAGGACCUCAAGUCGGUGCUGAGCAGGAGCGUGCUCAACUUCAUCAUGCCGAACAAGCAGCAGGAGAAUAAGAAGUUCAACAUGGGCUCUGGUUGGCAGAUACUUUCAGCCAUGUAUAAAACCCUUAAUGGCAUGAACGUGCUGAAGUAAGCGCUUCAUCAUUUCACGUCAAUAAUGAUCUUUCAGCCGUGUAUAAAACCCUUAAUGGCAUGAACGUGCUGAAGUAAGCACUUCAUCAUUUCACGUCAAUAAUGAUCUUUCAGCCAUGUAUAAAACCCUUAAUGGCAUGAACGUGCUAAAGUAAGCACUUCAUCUUUUCACGUCAAUAAUGAUCUUUCAGCCAUGUAUAAAACCCUUAAUGGCAUGAACGUGCUGAAGUAAGCACUUCAUCAUUUCACGUCAAUAAUGAUCUUUCAGCCAUGUAUAAAACCCUUAAUGGCAUGAACGUGCUGAAGUAAGCACUUCAUCUUUUCACGUCAAUAAUGAUCUUUCAGCCAUGUAUAAAACCCUUAAUGGCAUGAACGUGCUGAGGUAAGCACUUCAUCAUUUCAUAUCAAUACUGCAAUUUUAAAACUAAAUAUAUAUAUAAAAAAUGUUUUUAUCCAUAACACAUUAUUGUGCAGCAACUUAUGUAGGAUGUUAUGAAAAAAAAACUGCAACGUCAAACUGCAUAGUAUCAUUGAUUAAUAGACCCACAUUGAUAUCCCGGAAUGUUUUGCAAAAUAAAGCCUUAUUGAAAUUGUCACGAUAUUUUUAAAAUAUCUAAUAACAACGUAGCAUCCAAAAAGGGCAAUUUUAAAUUUCCUUAGCUUUUCUAGGUGGUAUAAACAGAAAUGGUUGCUAUUGUCAAAUCAAAACAACCCUCAGAAUGACGACACAACGCGACAUUUUGUCUGAUAGUAGUUUACUUCAAUGUAUUUGCGUAAAAAAAUGAAUGCACACAAAAUCAGACGUGGGACGACGGCAUCCAAUGACUGCUCCAACUUCGUCGCGAGCAGACUGUCUGGUGGCUGCAGUGCUCUGCGCAUGCGCGAAAAUUAAAAAAAAAUUGUCAACAAAAGUAUGCCGUUGUAUUCUAUGGUAAUUUAUGUAUAGCUGACUGGUUAAAAAUGAUUUUUAAUUGUUACUUUAUUAAAUAUUCAUUUGGAAAGUAUUUAUUGGUUUGUUUCUCAUUAUGGAUUUGGAUACAGAUCGAUUAGUAUGUUUAGUACAGGAAAUAUUAUCACGACAGCAAUUUGAUUUCAAGAAUAUUUGAAAAAGAAAUAACAAAACAGAAAUGGGGUUUUAAAACUGUCGUGCGGCAUCGUGUGGGUCACACCAUGUCAUGUCGUGUCGUGUCGUGUCUUGUCUGAUUCUGUGUGCGCCCAGCCUAACAAUCUGAAAUCGCAACAAGAAAAUUAAGACUUGCUGCGAAGUCCUAACUUACAUGUCAGUGUAAGGCUUGUGCAUAUUCAAAUAAUCUGAAAGAAAAUAAUAAAUUCGUAGAACACAUACUUUUAUGGCAAACAUUUAAUUCUUAUAGUAGAAUGAGAAAUAGAAAACCUGUAAAAUAAUAUAGAAUAAUGCAAGAUGUGGUAGAUUUUGUCUAUAGGAAAAUAAACAAAUAUUGUUAUUUUGUUGUAAUAUGUGAUGUAAUUAAAUUGCUAUUUCUGUUAAGUGUAUAAAAUGUCUGAUAAAUCGAAGUUUUUUCCUCAAAAUUGUAUACUAUUAAAAAAUGGAUAAAUUCA